CGGAAGGAAUCCAAAGAACUCGGAUGGUGAUGGAACAGAAAAGCAAAGAGAGACUCACAAUCAAAUCGAGAAGCGAAGACGAGAGAAGAUGAACACGUAUAUCAACGAGUUGUCGGCAUUGGUUCCUGAGUGUGUGCAGACGAACAAGAGAAUGGAUAAACUGACAGUUUUGAAGUUGGCUGUUCGGCAUCUGAGAGAGCUGAGAGGUAAUCCAUUAGAUGAUGAGCAGCUACAAGUCAAGCCACAAUUCUUGGCUGAUGACGAGUUGAAGUAUCUGAUAUUAGAGGUGGCAGAGGGGUUUCUGUUUGUUGUCGGGUGUGAGCACGGCUAGGUGAUUUACGUGUCGGAUUCUAUUAGUCCAAUUCUGCAGCAAUCAGAGCAUGAUUGGGGUGGCAAAGAAAUCUACGAAGUCAUCCAUCCUCGUGACGUCGGAAGAGUGAAAGACCAACUGGUCGUCAACAACGUUUCCUCCACCUCAGAAGCAAGUGACUCCAAAAGUCAAAGAAACUUAUACAAUUAGAGUCUCACUCUG